AUGGGCCAUAAUGAAGAACACUUCCCAGGAGACUCCCUCCCUAAGCACGAGAUCACAGACAUUAAUCCACUAGGGUCAUGGUUGAGGGAUACUCAAGGGGGUGGGAAACUUAUCACCCAACAGGAAAGAAGAUUUAGCAGCAACCCAACAUUCAAGCUCAGUGUUUUACAGGUAGCAUGGAAACAUGAAUCAAGAACCAACAAGGAGAGGACUUUAUCAUGGCCAUAUUGGAUAGAUUUAUCACCAACCGGAAUUGGAUCAACCUCUUCCCUCAUCAUAUUAAUAUGCACCUCCCUAGAACUACUUCUGACCAUAAUCCUAUCAUGCUUGCUUUUCACACUAAUCAGGAGAAGAACGAUUUCAAAUCCCAAAAAACUAGACCUAAGCGCUUUGGAAAUAUAUGGAUGGAACCUCAGGAUAUUGACAGAAUUAUUAGUGAUAGCUGGAAUAAUCAAAACUACAGAGACCUAUGAUAAAUUUAACUACAUUUUGGACUACCUAUGGAGUUGUGGUAAGAAGGAGUUUGGAAAUCCUACCAAAGCCAUUACCAAUGUUAAAGAGACUAUUUAA